GAAUCUUGAGAAGCGAAAGCAGCUCCCCCAACCGUUAUAGUCGUGAGCAAAUAUUCGUGGUCUCUUUUGUUUCCAAAGGCAGGUGCUACUUACGACUUUCUCCCCCACAUCCACUGCUCUACCACACAUUUCUACAACCUCAUCCUUCACGGCUUUUGUAUCUCCAUCGAACUCCAACCCAAUUUUCGUAUCACAAUCAUGACACAUCAAUUCGGUAUCUCCACAAUGUCCUUGGGACGAGCAUGGGUUCAUGAGUUAGAACCGAAGCUGGAUCAGGCAGCGAAAUAUGGCUACACCGGCGUCGAGAUCUUCUAUGAGGACUUGGUAUAUCACGCCAAAAAGUACCCAGGAGGUGAAACACCAGAGAACCAAAUAAAGGCCGCCGAAGACAUCCACUCUAUGUGCAAGGCCAGAGAUCUCAGUAUUAUCAACAUCCAACCAUUCAUGCACUACGAAGGUCUCAUCGACCGUCAAAAGCACGCCGAGAGGAUUGAAGAUCUCAAGUUAUGGUUCAAGCUUGCACAUGCUCUUGAGACGGACAUGAUCGCCAUCCCUGCUUCCUUCUUGCCCGAAUCAGAGACCACUAGCGACAUGUCCGUCAUCGUCGCCGACCUCCAAGAAGCAGCCGAUUUGGGCGCAGCUCAAGAUCCUCCGCUCCGCUUUGCCUACGAAGCCCUGUGCUGGAGCACACAUUGUUCGACCUGGGAGCAGAGCUGGGAAGUCGUGUCUCAAGUCGACAGACCAAAUUUUGGAUUAUGCCUGGAUACAUUCAACAUCGCUGGCCGCAUCUACGCAGACCCCACACAGGCUUCUGGCAAGCGACCAACAGCAGACGCCGACCUUGCUACCGCUAUCGCAGCAAGACUCGUCCGUCCUGACAAGCUCUUCUUUGUGCAAGUAGUAGAUGCCGAAAGAUUAUCCUCGCCUUUGGUCAAGGGUCAUCCCUUCUACGACCCUGAGCAACCGGCCCGUAUGUCAUGGUCUCGCAACUGCCGACUAUUUUAUGGUGAACAGGACCGUGGAGGUUAUCUGCCUGUCCGCGAAAUCUUGAAGGCCAUCUUGCACGACUUGGGAUACAGUGGAUGGUUGAGCUUCGAGCUAUUCAACCGUUCCAUGGCGGAUCCCAGCCCGGAAACACCAGCCGAGCAUGCUCGUCGCGGUGCCGAGUCAUGGGAGAAGAUGGUCGCCGAUCUGGAGCUCAACGGCCAUGCUGCUGAUAGUGCUGUCAGUGUUGGCUCGUCUGCUGUCAAGGCAUAAUGUAACAUCCUUUCCAUCAACUGCAUCAUCACAUUCCAGGCGUUCUUGCAUACUUGUACAUACCUUAGAUAUCUCAAAGUUAUCAACACCAAUUCAACCU